CUCUAUAAAUAACAAUGCAAUGCUUGUUACUAUACUAGCAAUCUAGCAUUUGUGUUCUCCUUCAAUGGCAUCAACAAAUCUCACACAUUCCACACAAGAACAAUUAAAAGAUGAGCAAUUAGAAGCAGUUGGAGAAGAGUGUAAGAAUCUAAUUCUCUCACUUCCUAAAGAAUAUGGGUUUGGCAAUCAAUAUUAUUAUUUUUUUCAAGGUUUUUGGACUACACCAUCACAAAUACAAUCUAUAAUCUCUUUUCAAAAUGAUUUUCAAGCUAAAGAUAGUGAUGUUGUUAUUGCCUCUAUGCCAAAAUCAGGAACAACAUGGUUGAAAGCCCUAACCUUUGCAAUUAUUAAUCGCCAUCAUUUUUCUUCCCUAGAGAAUCAUCCAUUACUUAAAACUAAUCCUCAUGAAUUAAUACCUUUCUUUGAAUUUCAUAUUUAUGUUGAUACCGUUUGUCAAUUUCCUAAAGUUGAUCUAUUAAACAUGAUUGAACCAAGGCUUUUUGGAACUCAUAUUCCUUUUACUUCUCUAGCCAAGUCAAUUAAAGAAUCCAAUUGUAAGAUAAUUUACAUAUGUAGAAACCCAUUUGACACUUUUGUGUCUUAUUGGAAUUUCAUGAACAAAAUUGAAUUAAAUCAAUCUUUAGAGGAUGAUUUUGAAAGAUAUUGUAAAGGGAUAUGUCAUGUUGGUCCAUUCUGGGACCAUAUGUUGGGUUACUUGAAGGAGAGCAUAGCUAGACCAAACAAGAUUUUAUUCUUGCAAUAUGAAGAUCUUAAAGAAGAUAUAAAUUUUCAUGUGAAAAGAAUUGCAGAGUUUUUGGGUUGUCCUUUUACUCAAGAGGAGGAAAGUAAUGGUGUGAUUGAAAAUAUUAUCAAUUUAUGUAGCUUUGAAACAUUGAAAGAAUUGGAUGCAAAUAAAAGUGGAGGUUUAGGAUGGAUUAUUGAGAAAAAGUACUACUUUCGAAAGGCAGAAAUAGGGGAUUGGAUUAAUUAUCUUUCUCCUUCAAUGGUAGAGAAGCUGUCCAAAAUCAUAGAAGAAAAAUUAAGUGGAUCUGGUAUUUCAUUUAAAGUAUGCCCAUAAUGCCAAAUAAUGUUGUAUGUUAUAUGCAAUUGGCAAGUGGGUAAAUGUUUUAUUUGUGAGGUUAUUAUUUUAAAUAAGUGGCUAUAUGCACUAGGCUUGUAUUUAGUGUAAAUGCAAGACACAAAUAAUGUUGUAGCUCUUUUAUUUUUAUUUGUUAAA